AUAUGCUUGUUUAUAAUUUUGAGGUUAUCAUAACUUUGAAGAGAAAAAUCGUCGGAAAUGGGCUUUUAAAAGGCUUUAAGACCUUAUACUAUAAAAUACAUAGAAAACAGUUUGUUUAUGCUGUUAAGCCCCGCCUUCAGUGGACUUGUCUGUCAAUCAAGUCUAAACUCCGCCUUCAAUUCCUACACGUCGAUCAAAUUCAGUCCCCGCCCCUUCCCUGCUUGCAAGUCUCGGGAAAAAAAGCAGCGGCGGUUGUACUGGGGAAGAGAGUAAAUAGAGGGAGAAGCCUCAAGAUGGCUGACUCGCAGGGCUGUGUUCACCUCUCCGGAACUGCCGCUGUUGCCUCCGUGAAAAGUAACCCGACUGAGGCGAAGGGAGCGCCGGACAUCCGUUCGCAGUCCACUCGAGAUUUCAGCCCGCCGCCGUCCAAGAAGCUCCGAGUYGAAGAGAAGCCGAGCGGCAAAGCCAGGAAACACAGCAGGGACGGGGGUGUGGGGAGCGAUGGCAGCGGGAAAGAGCAACUCCAGCAGAUCCCGAUGCAGCAGAGUUACGGCAGCGACCCGGGCGUGUGGACCUCGUUCAGCCCGGUGAAGACGAGCAGCGGCAGCCACCCUCCGGUGCCUACCACCGGCUGUUCCCAGACAUCGACAGGCGCACACAAAGUCCUCAAACAGAGCGACUUCUUCCUCCACAAGACGCCCUCGUCCUCGAAACCCAAGAGUAAAGAUAAACUAUUAGGAGAGAAGGGGAAGGGAGGCGGGGAGGAGAAAAGGAAACAUAAACUGUUGUUGACCUCCGGACCCGGKACUAAUAUUAAUAACGGCAACGAUAUUCGUGGUUUUAACAACAUUUCUGCAGCGAAGAAGGAAAACGGGGAGGUCAUGUUACCAGCCCACGAACACGCCACCAAGGACAAGACGAAGGAGAGGGAAAAGAAAAAGGUCAAGGAACGGGAGAAAGAAAAGGAGAAGAAGAAGCACAAAGUGAUGAACGAGCUCAAGAGGAAGAACGGAGAAGUCAAGCAGCCGAUUAAAGAGGAGAAAGACAAAGCAAAGAUCAGCGCAGAGGAGCUGCAGAUUAAAAAAGUGAAGAAGAAAAAGAAGAAGAAACACAAAGAAGGGGAGAAGCACAAGCGAGUAAAGAUGUACCACCGCUCCUGCCAAACCAUCUGUGCCGGCCUGCUUUCGUCCACCAGCUCUUCCUCCUUCUCUGAACGGACAAACAACUCCUCCCCGUCGGUUUUUAAGUCUCCGCCAGCUUUUUACCCUCCACCCAAUGGCAGAGACUCCCAUCUCAGGCCCUCGUCGCCUACCUCUGCCUCUAAAUCUGUUUGCAACUCAUCAGCUCUCCACAACUUGGUCAGCUCGAUCCCCUUCCCAACAAAACACAACUCACACUCUGCCUGUCCUGGCAUGGUGGGGCUGGAGUUCGCUCCCUACAUUUACAUAGAGACCCAGCCGAACGGAGGAGCUCUGGUGGCUCAUGCCUAUGCAUCCCAGCUGGCUUCUCUGUCUGCGGAGCAGAGGCAGAGAUUUGCCCAGGAGUUUGUCACUCUGGCCUUCAGCGAGGACGCAUCAAAGGCAGCUCAUUAUGUGAUGGCAAUUGUUCACGGAGAAGCAAAGUACCUCCCGGACUUCUUGGAUUACUUCUCCAACAAGUUCCCGUCAGCUCCGGUCAAAAUGGAAAUUCUGGGAAAGAAGGACAUAGAAACCACCACUAUGGCUAACUUCUACUCUCAGGUGAAGAGAACUUACAGUCACGGCACGUACAGAGCCGGGGCGAUGAGGCAGGUCAGCCUGGUCGGAGCCGUGGACGAGGAGGUUGGGGAUUAUUUCCCAGAAUUCCUCAGCCUGCUGGAGGAGUCCCCCUUCCUGAAGCGGACUCUUCCGUGGGGCAUUCACUCCAGUCUCAGAGACAUGAAUCCCACCGAGAGCGACGACGGGCCGAUAAUGUGGGUCAGACCAGGAGAACAGAUGAUACCUGUAGCUGAUGUACCAAAGUCUCCUUUCAAAAGGAAACGCUCCACUAAUGAGGUGAAGAACCUGCUGCAGUCUCUGCCCAGAGCCAGCGAGCCCAGGGAGGUGCUGUUCGAGGACCGGACUCGAGCUCACGCCGAUCACAUCGGGCAGGGCUUCGARCGUCAGACCACAGCAGCCGUGGGGGUUCUGAAGGCUGUCUGCUCUCUAGAAAGUCCGGAGCCUCCUCGUGUAACCAAAGAUGUCGUGUGUUUCCAUGCUGGUGAUUUCCCUUACGUAGUUCAGAGACUGCAGUUGGAUUUAUACGAACCCCCUCUGUCUCAGUGUGUACAGUGGGUGGACGAUGCCAAGCUGAACCAGUUACGGCGGGAGGGCAUCCGCUACGCCCGCAUCCGCCUGUGUCACGAUGACAUCUACUUCAUCCCCCGAAACGUGGUCCACCAGUUCAAGACGGUGUCCGCCGUCUGCAGCCUGGCGUGGCACGUACGCCUCCAGCAUUACCACCAGGAGGGGCAGGAGGAAGAGCUGAAGGAAGAGGAGAUGGAAGCAGUGGUUCUGAAGGAGGAGGAGGAGGAUGAGAUAAAAGAGGAGGAUGAGGAGGUGGCAGUAAACAGGACAUUUCCUGCUGUUAAAAAAGAAGAAAACAAGCCACCUUUGUCUGAAGCUGCUCUCUCUGUGAACUCUGUUAGUGAGGCGAGAGACACAGACGAGAUGAAGAACAACGUGAAAGAAGAACUUCAAGAUUCUCCUGCACAAGUGAAGGCUGAGCCUCCGACUUCUUUCUGCCAGAACAAGUUGUCACCUCUCACUCCUCUUGCUUCUCCUUCUCUUCAUAAAGACACAAAACCCAAAGUCUCACCUAAACAUCAUCAUCAUCAGUCAGACAGCAGGACAGUGUCUUCCUUUUCACCUUCCAAACUGUCCCGCUCUCCACCUCGCUCCAAGUCUUCCACCUCUGCAGCGUUUUCGCCUUCGACAGGGUCAGCUGUCACUUCUUCACACUCUCCUUCACCAGCUGCUCACUUGUCUUUUACRUCUCCAACCCCCGUGUCUUCUUUACUGUCAGCGUCCUCUUCGCCUCUGACAAGUCCCAGAUCUGCAGGUUCUUCCUCGAGUCAGCUGCCUGCUGGUCAGUCCGAACACACGAAGGACACUGCCCACCUAAAACCAGGAGUCCUUUCAGACACCAGGACACCAGCACGCUCUGAGACAUCACAGACCCAGACCGACACACGGACACACUCACAGGCUGAGACACAAGGCCGAACGUUGGACACAAGGACACACUCAGAAGCUGAGACACGAGGCCGAACGUUGGACACAAGGACACACUCAGAAGCUGAGACACGAGGCCGAAUGUUGGACACAAGGACACACUCAGAAGCUGAGACACGAGGCCGAACGUUGGACACAAGGACACACUCAGAAGCUGAGACACGAGGCCGAACGUUGGACACAAGGACACACUCAGAGGCUGAGACACGAGGCCGAACGUUGGACACAAGGACACACUCAGAAGCUGAGACACAAGGCCGAAAGUUGGACACAAGGACACACCUAAAAGCUGAAACACGAGGCCGAACGUUGGACACAAGGACACACUUAGAAGCUGAAACACGAGGCCGAAUGUUGGACACAAGGACACACUUAGAAGCUGAAACACGAGGCCGAAUGUUGGACACAAGGACACACUUGGACACCGAAACACGAGGCCGAGCGUUGGACACAAGGACACACUUAGAAGCUGAAACACGAGGCCGAAUGUUGGACACAAGGACACACUUGGACACCGAAACACGAGGCCGAGCGUUGGACACAAGGACACACUUAGAAGCUGAAACACGAGGCCGAACGUUGGACACAAGGACACACUCAGACCUCUGGACUCACGGUUCUAACUCUGACUCCGGGACAUGUAUGGACCUGCAGAUGUGUCCUCCGCAGGACGCCUCCAGACCAGGACUCUACAUGCAGCAAUACACACCGCAGCAUCUCCCUCCUCCUCCUCCUCACCUCCCUCAGAUGCUUCCUCCUCCCUACCCUCCCCUCAUGUCACAUUCCCACCUCCCCCACAGGACUCCAGUCCUCCCCACUAAUCCUCUCCCCGGUCCCUCCUUCCCCCCCGAGCCCCAGACUCUGAACCCUUUCCUCAGUCAGACUGUGCCGCCUCACUCGGUCCACCUGAGCCACCUGCAGCAGCCCAACAUCACCACACAGGCUCAGACCUACUACCCGCCUCCCCUGCUCCCCCACUCCUCCCAGCCCAACUCCCCCUCCCAGCCUCUGCUCCCCCACCUCUCUUACCAGCACCAGUUCGCCAAAACCUUCUUCCCCCCUCAACACCCGGGCUUCACCCCUCACCCCUUCCUCCCUCCUCAGACGUUCCUCUCGCAGCCGCCGCCCGGCUCGUACCCGUACCAAACCUCAGCGCCGGCGCAGCCUCCGCUCCCCCUGUCCCCGACUUACCCUCACCCCCCUCCGCCUCCGUCCUCCCCUCCACCUCCACCCCCUCUGCCACCGCCUCCCUUCCCUCAGCCCUCCCCGUCGAUCUUCUCCCCUCCCCCCAGGCAUGACGAGCAGCCGAAGCAGCUGUUAUAGUCGUGUUUGUACAUAGCGAUUGUAAAGGACUGUAAAUGUUCGAGGUUUUAUUUUGGUUGUAAAACGCUGUAAAAAGGAAGAAAGUUAAGCGUGUCUGUUCAGACACCAUAUAAGAGCAGAGCUGAGCUGUUAUAUUUCAGACUCCUGGACUGGACUGGCUGAAGCUCUGACUGUGCACAAAUAUAACUGUGCACCAGUUGUAGCUCCAGAAUAUUCAGGCUUAUGGUUUGAAUGAAGUCCCUGGUCUGCCAAGCA